GAAGAAGAAGCAGUCUUCCGGUCGGAGCUUCUAAACACAAACACUGUGCUUCCUUCCCGGUGGUCCCGUUUCUUUUCUGUUCUCCCGUUAACGUCUACCGUCAACCUCAACAUGUCCACCAUACAGUCAGCAGUGCGAGUGUUCGUCAACCAGAGACUGACUGUGGCUGUUGAAGAAAUCCUGGACAUGUUCGAGAGAACAAUAAAGGAGUAUGAAGAGGAGGUCCACCUGCAGAGCAGACUGCUGGGAGCUGAUCAGCUGCCUGCUGGCAUUAAGACAACCUCACUGUUAGACAGAGACACAGGUCAGUCAGGUGUGUCUCAGGAAAUCCGGCCGCUGACUGUCAACACAAAGAUUCCCCCCGAACAACAGGAGUCGAGGCCCAGUCUGGACCCAGAGGCCCCACACAUUAAAGAGGAACCUGAGGAGGUCUGGAUUAGGCAAGGACUGGACGGGGCUGAUAUCCCAGAGUUCCAAUUCGCGCCCGUCUCUGUGAAGAGUGAAGACGACGGAGAGAACUCUCAGUCCUCACCGCUUCACCAAAGACAAACUGAGGAGCACAGAGAGGCAGAUCCUCCUGCUCAGCAGCAGACAGACGCCGGAGCCGGCGGAGAGAACUGUGGAGGAUCAGAACCAGCCGUUGACUUGGAUGUAGCUGGUUUUUUAAAAGCAACCAGCGAUGGACGGCUUUUCCUUUCGCAGUGUUUUAAAACUGAGCCUGAAGACUUACACGAUGACUGGAACCAGUCAUUUUCAGACACACUGGAAGAAAACGAAGCUGAGUCUCAUUUAAGAUCUCAUACUCAGAAAAAGCUGUACAAAUGCCCAGCAUGUAACAAAACAUUUAAGCACAACACGUCUCUGCAGAGACACAUAACGUGCCAUACGGGGGAGAGGCCGUUCGACUGUACCCAGUGUGGAAAGACAUUUAGGCAGAAGGGAAGUUUGCAAAUACACAUGAGGAAGCACACCGGAGAGAAACCUUUUUGUUGCUUAGUUUGCAGUAAAAACUUCACCCAGAGUGGAACAUUAGCUGCACAUAUGAGAAUUCAUACGGGAGAGAAGCCUUUCAGCUGCUCAGUCUGUAAGAAAAGGUACAACGAAAAAGGGACGCUAGUCAGACACAUGAGGGUCCACACAGGAGAGAAACCAUUUACUUGCUCACUUUGCGGUAAAAGAUUUAGCGAAAAAGGAAAUCUGAAUAAACACAAGAGAAUCCACACGGGGGAGAAACCAUUCGGUUGCGGUGUGUGCGAGAAAAGAUUUUGUUUGCUGUCACACCUCAAAAACCACAAGUGUCCUCGUGUGAAGAGCAGUGAAACUGUAGAGCAGGCACUUCAGCUGAAAUGUCCAGAAGUUACAGCACAGUUCAGCAGAUGGGAGGAGAGCCUUCAGUCCGUUACAGCAAGGAAAUAAUCUGCACUAAUUAACUCAUAACUCAAUAAUCAUUAGCUGCAGCUUCAGUGUAGGUUUGUACCGAAUAGUUGGAAGCUUAAAAGCGUCAUUCAUAACAUUGACAUUUGAAUUCUAAAUCAUCAUCUGAAUGCGGCACACAUCUUUUUUUUUUUGUUGUGUUUAAAGCAGGUAUUUCUGCACAGUUGCAGGUAAAAAUCAGGAUACGUCAAAGGUCCCAUAUUGUAAAGUUUAAGAGUUUUUCAGGUCUUUUAUAUUA